UCGCGCCUAGGGCGCAUCUGGCAGCGGCCCUUCUACGCCAUCGCGGAGCAGCUCUAUGGUCGUUGCCGCUGUCCCGGCGGUGUCAUGGCGGCCGGCGUUGAGUUGGCAGGACUGGCCCAGGAAACUGAGGAAAGUCACUAAAGCUGAGAAAGAAGUGUUCCAGUCGUACGGCGGGAAGUCGUGGGAAUGAGCAGAGGCCUCGUGGGGCCCACGGAGUCCACAGCGGCGAACCCUUGGUGAAGGGCCAGGCCGGGCCUCGGCUUUCUGACGCGGCUGUUGGUGGGAGUGCCGCGUCCUGCGAGUCCUCGGCGUCUGGAUCGGCACCAGCCCCGGCGUUCAGGGACAUUUGGAGCGGACGUCGUUCUUUCCACCCGCAGCGAUGUCGUCCUGGCUCGGGGGCCUCGGCUCCGGCUUGGGCCAGUCUCUGGGUCAAGUAGGGGGCAGCCUGGCUUCCCUCACUGGGCAGAUUUCAAACUUCACGAAGGAUAUGUUGAUGGAAGGCACGGAGGAUGUGCCAGCAGAUUUGCUCAAUUCCGGGAGAGAGGAAAAUGAAGCUACUCAUUCAGUCUUAAGAUCAGAGAAUGAAAGACUUAAAAAGCUUUACACUGACCUAGAGGAAAAGCAUGAGGCCUCAGAACUACAAAUCAAGCAGCAGUCCUCCAGUUACCGCAGCCAGCUGCAGCAGAAAGAGGAAGAAAUCAACCACCUUAAAGCAAGACAGAUUGCACUCCAGGAUGAACUGCUCAGACUGCAAUCAGCUGCCCAGUCUGUACAUCCAGGAUCUGGCAGGGUACCAGCAGCCACUGCAUCACCUUCAUUGAGUUAUGGUAUCAGUCAUCAUGUGUCAGCUUUCCAUGAAGAUGACAUGGACUUUGGUGAUGUGAUUUCAUCACAACAAGAAAUAAACAGAUUAUCAAAUGAAGUUUCAAGACUCAAAUCUGAACUUGGACACUGGAGACAUAUUGCUGAGGUGCAGGGAACACAAAGCUCUGAUCAAACCGAAAUCUGCAAGCUGCAAAAUAUUAUUAAGGAGCUUAAACAGAAUCGAAGUCAGGAAAUUGAUGACCAUCAGCAUGAAAUGUCAGUAUUGCAGAAUGCGCAUCAACAGAAACUGACAGAGAUAAGUCGUCGGCAUCGAGAAGAGCUAAGUGACUAUGAAGAACGAAUUGAAGAACUGGAAAAUCUGUUACAGCAAGGUGGCUCAGGAGUUACAGUAACUGAUCACUCUAAAAUGUAUGAUAUGCAAAACACUAUUCAGAUUCUACAGACGGAGAAAGUAGAAUCUACCAAAAAAAUUGAAGAACUUGAGGAUAAAAUAAAAGAGAUAUAUAAAAGAUUGUCUUCUGCAGAACAUGAGCGAGAAGUGUGGAAGAGGGAACAGGAGCGGCUAGAAGUGGAAAAGCGACAGCUGACUGAGCAGUGUGAGCGCUUGAAGCUGGAAUGCAGUACAUCACAGCCUCUUGCUCGGGGCCAGAGGGAUGUUGUGACAGAGGAGGAGAGGACUCUGCCACAGAGUUCCUCAGCUGCAGAGGUCUUGAGAUUACAGCAAGCUUUGACUGAUGCUGAAAAUGAAAUAAUGAGACUAAGUAGUUUAAACCAGGAUAACAGUCUUGCUGAAGACAAUCAGAAACUUCAAAUGUGUGUCCAAAUUUUAGAAAAAGAGAAGUCAUUAUUGAGUCAAGAAAAGGAAGAACUUCAGAUGUCACUUUCCAAACUGAGCAAUGAAUAUGAAGUCAUUAAAAAUACAGCUACAAGGGACAUAGAUUUGUUUUCUCAAGUACGAGACUUGAAACUUAAUUUGGAGGUGAAGGAACAAGAACUGAAUCAGAGUAUUCAUGAGAAUGAAGUACUCACGGCUGAGUUAGAAGAACUGGACAGGCAGAACCAAGAGGCUACUAAGCAUGUGAUUUUAAUAAAAGAUCAACUAUCAAAACAACAAAGUGAAGGAGAUAGUGUCAUCAAGAAACUAAAAGAAGAUCUAGAUGAUGGAAAACAGAGAAUCCAUCAACUGGAGGAUGAUAAAAUGAACAUUAUCAAAGAGUUAGACAUGCAGAAAGAAAAGCUAACUCACAGUGAACGGGCCCUAAGUGAUUUACAGUUAACCAAGCAGAAGCUUGAAGAUAAAGUAGAAGACUUAGUAGAUCAGCUAAGUAAAUCAGAGAAAAAUAAUUUCAACAUUCAGAAGGAGAACUGUGAACUGAGGGAACACAUCAGACAGAAUGAGGAGGAGCUGUCCACAGUCAGGAGUGAGUUGACUCCGUCCCAAAGCCAGGACUCUAAUAGUAAUUUGAAGGAUGACUUCCUUAAAGAAAGGGAGACUGAAGUUAGAACCUUAAAGCAGAAUCUUUCAGAAGUAGAACAGCUCAAUGAACAUUUAAAGCAAGUCGCUUUUGAUCUCAGGACCGAAAAUGAAAAGUUGGUUGUAGCAUGUGAGGAUGUAAGAAAUCAGUUGGAAGAAUCUAUUGCUGGCAACAACCAGGUUUCUCUGGAAAGAACUGCCAUGCUGGAGACUCUGAAAUGUGAGAAAGCACAACUAGAAGCAGAACUGUGUGGAGCUGAGAAGAGGCUGUUGGAAGAAGCAAAGAAAUACAAGCAAACCAUUGAGGAACUGUCCAGCGCACGCAGCCUGACGACCUCUGCCUUGCAGCUGGAACAUGAGCGCUUAGUUCAGCUCAGUCAGGAAAAAGACUCUGAGAUAGCAGAGCUCAAAAAGAGUAUUGAGCAGAUGAAUACUGAUCAUCAACAGAUGAAGGAAUCUUUGUUGUCUAGUUUAGAAGAGCAGAAACAAUUGACACAACUUAUAAAUGAAAAGGAAAUUUGUAUUGUGAAACUUAAAGAAAAAAGUUCAGAACUGCAGGGGGAAUUGGACAAAUGUGCUCAGACCUUAAGAAAAAAUGAGACUCUAAGGCAGACCAUAGAGGAAAAGGAUAGAAGUCUUGGAGCCAUGAAAGAAGAGAACAAUCACUUGCAAGAAGAGCUGGAGCGGAUCAGGGAGCAGCAGAGUCGGGCUGUGCCCAUGCCUGAGCCUAGAGCUCUUGACAGCACCACAGAGUUAGAAUCUGAGCUGUCUAGGCUGCACAUAAUCAAGGAUCACCUGGAAGAAGAAAUUAAACAUCACCAGAAGAUGAUUGAAGAUCAAAACCAGAAUAAGUUGCAACUACUCCAAUCUCUACAGGAGCAGAAGAAAGAAAUGGAUGAGUUUAGAUACCAGCACGAACAAAUGAAUAUCACACACACCCAGCUCUUUUUAGAAAAAGAUGAGGAAAUUAAGAACUUGCAGAAAACAAUUGAACAAAUAAAAGCCCAGUUACAUGAAGAAAGACGGGACAUUCCAACAGAGAAUUCUGAUAUUUUUCAAGAAACCAAAGUUCAGAGCCUUACUAUAGAAAAUGAAAGUGAAAAGCAUGAUUUAUCCAAAGCUGAAACAGAAAGGUUAGUGAAGGGGAUAAAAGAACGGGAGCUGGAGAUUAAGCUUCUGAAUGAAAAGAAUAUCUCUUUAACUAAACAGAUUGACCAGCUGUCCAAAGAUGAGGUCGGCAAGCUCACUCAGAUUAUCCAGCAGAAAGACUUGGAGAUACAAGCUCUUCACGCCAGGAUUUCCUCGGCUUCCUGUUCUCAGGAUGUUGUUUACCUUCAGCAGCAGCUGCAUGCCUAUGCUAUGGAAAGAGAGAAAGUAAUGGUUGUCUUAAAUGAGAAGACAAGGGAAAAUAGCCAGCUAAAAACAGAAUAUCACAAGAUGAUAGAUAUUAUUAGUGCCAAAGAAGCAGCCCUUAUUAAACUGCAAGAUGAGAAUAAAAAAAUGUCCACUAGAUUUGAAAGUAGUGGUCAAGAUAUGUUUAAAGAAACAAUUCAGAAUUUAUCACGGAUCAUUCGAGAAAAAGACAUUGAAAUAGAUGCACUGAGUCAGAAGUGCCAGACUCUCCUGACAGUUUUGCAGACUUCUGGCACGGGUAGCGAGGUUGGAGGAGUUAAUAGUAACCAGUUUGAGGAGCUCUUACAAGAACGUGAUAAGCUAAAACAGCAGGUGAAGAAAAUGGAGGAGUGGAAACAGCAGGUGAUGACCACCGUCCAAAACAUGCAGCAUGAGUCAGCCCAGCUUCAGGAAGAACUUCAUCAGCUUCAGGCACAAGUUUUGGUCGACAGUGAUAACAAUUCUAAACUUCAAGUGGACUACACUGGCCUGAUCCAAAGUUAUGAGCGGAAUGAAACUAAACUUAAGAAUUUUGGGCAGGAAUUGGCACAAGUUCAGCAUAGCAUAGGGCAGCUUUGUAAUACCAAGGACCUUCUUUUAGGAAAACUUGAUAUCAUGUCACCCCAGCUCUCUCCUGGCUCAUCGCUUCCUGCUCAGUCAGCAGAGCCUCUUAAGGCAUGCCAGUCUGCUGGGCCACAUGAGUCUCCUCAGCUGCUUCAACAAGAAGUGGAUGAUCUGAGACGGUCACUCCAGGAAAAAGAUGCCACAAUUAGAACGCUUCAGGAAAACAACCACAGACUGUCAGAGUCCGUGGCUGCUUCCUCAGAGGUGGGAAGAAGAGAACACGAACAAACGGAUUCGGAAGUCAAGCAGCUGAAGGAGAAACAAGAGGUUUUACAAAACUUACUUAAGGAGAAAGACCUCUUAAUCAAAGCCAAAAGUGACCAAUUACAUUCUUCAAAUGAAAAUUUCACUAACAAAGUGAAUGAAAAUGAGCUUUUGAGGCAGGCAGUGACAAACUUGAAGGAGAGAAUAUUGAUUUUAGAAAUGGACAUUUCUAAAUUAAAAGGGGAAAAUGAAAAAAUAGUAGAAACUUCCAGGGGGAAGGAAACAGAAUACCAGGCGUUACAAGAGACGAACAUGAAGUUUUCCAUGAUGUUACGAGAAAAAGAGUUUGAAUGCCAUUCGAUGAGAGAGAAGGCGCUUGCUUUUGAACAGUUAUUGAAAGAGAAAGAACAGGGCAAGGCUGGGGAGUUAAAUCAACUUUUAAAUGCAGUUAAAUCAAUGCAGGAGAAGACAGUUACAUUUCAACAGGAGAGAGACCAAGUUAUGCUGGCCCUGAAACAGAAGCAAAUGGAAAACACUACACUACAGAAUGAGGUUCAACACUUACGUGACAAAGAGUCCCGGUUAAACCAGGAGCUACAGAGACUGCGCGACCACCUUUUAGAGUCAGAAGAUUCUCACACCCGGGAAGCUUUGGCUGCAGAAGAUAGAGAGGCCAAACUGAGGAAGAAAGUCACAGUGUUGGAAGAAAAGCUAGUUUCAUCCUCUAAUGCCAUGGAAAAUGCAAGUCAUCAAGCCAGUGUGCAAGUAGAAUCUUUGCAAGAACAAUUGAAUGUGAUCUCCAAGCAGAGGGAUGAGACUGCCCUGCAACUUUCUGUCUCUCAGGAACAAGUAAAGCAGUAUGCUCUGUCACUAGCCAACCUGCAGAUGGUUCUCGAACACUUCCAACAAGAGGAAAAAGCUAUGUAUUCUGCUGAAUUAGAAAAGCAAAACCAGCUCUUAGCUGAAUGGAAGAAAAAAGCAGAGACUCUGGAAGGAAAAGUGUUAUCGCUGCAGGAACGUUUGGAUGAAGCAAAUGCUGCGUUGGAUUCGGCCUCAAGACUUACAGAACAAUUAGAUCUAAAAGAAGAACAAAUUGAAGAACUUAAAAAGCAAAAUGAGCUCCACCAAGAGAUGCUGGAUGAUGCGCAGAAGAAGCUGAUGAACUUAGUGAGCAGCACAGAAGGAAAAGUGGACAAAGUCCUCAUGAGAAACCUCUUCAUUGGUCAUUUCCACACACCUAAGAAUCAGCGCCAUGAAGUGCUACGACUAAUGGGGAGCAUCCUGGGUGUUAAAAGGGAGGAAAUGGAGCAGUUGUUUGCUGAAGAUCAAGGAGGUGUUACUCGGUGGAUGUCUGGAUGGCUUGGAGGAGGAUCAAAAAGUGUGCCCAGUACACCACUGAGACCAAGUCAGCAGUCUGUGUUUAAUAGUUCUUUUUCAGAACUUUUUGUUAAAUUUCUGGAAACAGAAUCUCAUCCAUCUGUCCCACCCCCAAAACUGCCAGUUCAUGACUUGAAACCUCUGGAUUCUCCAGGAAGAAGGAAAGUUGACACCAGCAUACCCGGAAGCUCCAAAGAUGUAGCAGAACCCAGGGCAGGAAGAAGAACAGAUCUGAGUCCAUUCUUGGCUCCCCGCUCAGCGGCUGUGCCCCUUAUUAAUCCAGCUGGACAUGGACUCGGUGGGCCCGGGCAUCUUCUUUUGAAACCCAUCUCAGAUGUUCUCCCCACGUUUACACCUUUGCCAGUGUCGCCCGACAACAGCGCUGGCGUCGUAUUGAAAGAUCUUCUAAAGCAAUAGGAAGCUCUUGAGCCAGAGACUAUAGCACUUUAAGGAAACUAUGAACACUGUAUGUGUGAACUUUACCACAAAGUGGCCUUCUGGAAAGAGUCAUUAUUUGUUUGUAGUUGUAAUUUCUCUGUUAAUAAAAAUAUUCUUAAUGCUUUUAGAAAUCGCAGGUGUCAGAAGAAUAAGUAACUGAUACAUAAUCUGCUUUUUGUUCACUUUAUGAUUUGACCUCAUUUAAAACUAGAAACAUUUGGUUUACUUUUUUAUUUACAAAACUCUAAAAAGGAGAGGCAAGAAUAACUCUGCUUUUAUUUCCUCGGAUUUUCAGGCUCGUUUAAUAUAGGGGCAUGUGGUUCAUCUUUAUAAGAUAACGAAUUUAUCCUCCCCACCCACCCCAAAAAAGGUACCUAAGCAGUGAAUGCUCUGCAGUGUCUGUCAGCCACCUGUAGAGGACCUCGUGUAGGGAGAGGACAAGCUGUUCCUUGGAGGUUGGGGGUGCCCUGAGGCAAAGUGGGUAUUGGUUCUAUGCAAUUUUAUCAUGUGUGUAGAUUCAUCUGGCCAUCACAGUUAAGACCCAACUCUUCAUCAAAGGGUCCCUGAGCUGCCUUUUUGUAGACCUUGCUGCCCCCUUACCCCUUGAAAACCACUAACUAUCACCCUGUAUAAUUUUGUAAUUCUGUGAAUGCUGUUUAAAUGAAAUCACUGUUAAUGUAACCUCUUGAGAUGGGUGUUUUCAUGUAGCAUAGCUCCCUUGAGGUCCAUCCAAGUUGUUUCAUGGAGGGGUAGUUUGUUUCUUUUUAUGGUAGAAUCCAUGAUGUGAGUAACCAAAUGGUAUCAUUUAGUUUCAAGAGCUGAACUGUCUUUUUUAAAGUAUCAUCUAAAACUACAGGUUUCCAGCAGGGCCUGAGGUGUAAUGAUUAGUCUUAGCACUUGGGAAGCAGAUGCAGGCAGAUUCUUAGGAGUUUGAGGCCAGCCUGGUCUACACAGUGAGUAUCAGGCUAGCCAGAGCAAAAACCAUAGUGAGACCUUGACUCAACACACACACACACACACACACACACACACACACACACACACACACACACACAUACAUACACACACCACAAAACCAAAUGAAAAAACCUAAAGGUUUCCUUGCACAAAUACACAAAAUCAUAUAACUCUCAUGUAAGUGUUACAUUGUACGGCUGCAUCCACAUAGCCCUUAGACCACAGUUAGCAAUAUCUGGAGACCCGUCACCUGCCUCUGGCUGAGCUUCAGCUGUCUAGGGUGUAGCUUCCCAUGCAGUGCACCAGCACCAGGGGCUUGGAACUUAAAGCCAGUAUUUCCCGAUUUUUUUUUACAAAGCCUAACAUGACAGAAAAAAAUCCUGACUCACAGCUUUUGUUGUCUCAGGAUCUUCAUAUAUGUAUCAAUUGUUGACGUUGUACAUUUAAGUCAUUUCUUGCAUAUUUUGUAAGUUUAGAUAAGCCUUUAAAACAGAAAAGCCUGUAUAGCAAGAAAGGGUGGAAACCAGACUGAUCCAGAAAUGUCAACAGUUCUGGCACCUGUUGGAGCCAAGCUGGGUUGUUUGUGAAUUUAUCUAUGAUAAGCUGUGUAUUUCUAAUGCCUUUGAAAGACUGGAGGUUUGGGUUUUAAUGAUGUGCUGAUGGUUGAAAUACCCUUUUCUGAAAAAUUACGUAACUGAGAUAAUGCUGCUUCCUGGUACCACCUGUGUCCUUAACUAACUUAUUUAUGGUUGGGUCCCUUCUCUGCUACAUGGUAGGAAAAGUUGCCAUCAGAGAAAUGUUAUGCUGCUCCCACCAGUUUUGCCAACGUUACAGAUGCCCCUCAACUUACAGUGGGCCACAGCCCACCAACCCAUUGUACUUAACAUCUUGAGUUAAGCCUUCAUUUGCUGUACCCAGUUGUCAGCUGGCCUGGCUUAGCACAGCCACUUCCUCUCAGGACCACGAGGCUAACCAGGCCCCCGCUGCAGCUAGCCUGGGGAAAAGAGAAAUUUUAAAUCUGAAGCAUGAUUUCUGCUCAAUGUGUAUCAUUUUGGUAAACCCCAAAAUUGGAACAGUUAAGCCAUUGUAAGUUGAGGUUCUACUGGUACAGGGGUUUAUAUGUUCCUUAAAAAGUCACCCUCACUAGUCUGGAUCAUUUACUAUGUGCCAGGGAAUUUUAAGUUCCACAUGAAGCAGUUUUUUUUCUAAAAAAGACUAGUUUUUAAACUAAGAAGAAAAGGGAAGAUGUAAAAUGCUUUCUUUUAAAGAGGAGGUACAUGGUGGAUAUUUAAACAAUGUGUUUUAUAUUUGAAAUAUCUUUUAUGACAUUUGAAGUUCCUUGACUGAAACAACCUGCCCUCCCCACCCUUUUACUUAGCCUAAGUUUGAAAACUGUCGUGGGGGUACUCCACACCCAGGUCUCAAAGAACAAGGUAUUACAUGGCUGCUAUUGAAGUAUAUGACCUUGUCUGAAAGCUGCAGUACCUAAUGUCUGUGCUGUAUGCAUGCUAAGUGUGUGUUGAUCUAAAGCAGACAUAACUCAUAGCCUUUCUGAACUAAGUUGUGUCAGAGAGGAACCAUCUGCUCAAGGAAACUUCUUAGCAGAGAGUGAGAAGCAUGCACUUUGAGUUACCCACAGGACACCGCCAGUGGUAUGCUGACUGCAGUGUGGUGAUGCAGUAAGUCUGCUCUUGAUAUCUUCCGACACUCUGUGGAAUUUGCGGUUGAAUUUUACAUCAGAUGCCACAGGCUUACAGCACUAUUGAUAUCUCUGUGCACUUUGUAGAAUUGGUGGUUGAAUUUUGCAUUGGAAGCCACAGUUCUUCAGAACAUUCCUAAUGGUUUUCAAGUACAACGAAAUAGACUAUCAAGAAUUCACCCUGCCGUUGGAGUUGAUUGAAUGUAAUCACUAGCAUGUACUUCUGUGAGUUUCCCUUCCUGACAUUCUUGUUUGUUUUUUAAAAGGGGGGAAACCAAAGCACAGAGGCAAAAAGAGAUGGCAUGCAACUAACCAGUUAAACAUCAAAUAUCAUCCAAGAAAAGCCCUUAGUUCUUUUAACUUUCCAAAGGAUUCAAGAGCAUUCAAGUGCUUACCCAGUCAGCUACAGAGUAAGCUUUACCCAGGCACAGGCAAAGAGAUGAAAACCAUAGAAAGUGCUGCAUUUAAACUGGGUUUUUAAAAGAAAUUUUCAUAUAUCAAAGCAUUUAAAGCAUCUUCUAGUAACAAAAAUUCAUCUUCUGUAAAUAUUGGUUAAGUUAGGUAAUAUUUAUUUUAUAUAUUCCUAUGGAAAAAUAAUGAUCAUUGUAAUGUUGACAUUUGUGAUUAUUUGUCAGUCUUUACAUCUUAACUUAUUGUGAUUUAAUCACUUAAAAUUGAUACACUGUCUUUUGAUUUAUAGGAAAAUAACAAAUGUGUAUCAUAAGAUUUGGUUGUGUUUUCUACAGAGCUAAAGCCAGUGCACUCUUGAAUUUCUCAAGAGCAUUGCAAGGCAGAAAAAAAAACAAAACCUCCAAAUAAAAAUGAUUUAAGUUG